UUUCUUUUUCUCCUUUUAAGCCAGUAAUCUUGAAUUCAUAAUAUGUGGAGCUAUUCUCAUUUAUUUCUCUCAAAUUUGGUGUGUUGUUUUGGUCCCCCUCUUUAUUUAAAAACAAACUUUGGUGCGGGCAUGCCUGGGCAGUGAGGGCGCUCCACGUCGCAAGCUCACCAAUCAUUGGUGCUGGCAGGCCCACCCAAUCACACAGGUGACACGUGUACAGUGCGAAUGCGAACUGGUCAUUUUACUUCACGAGUAAGCAUACAGAUGCAGUCUCUUUCAGGGGCCCACGCACUCUUGACCCUCUCCUCGAAAAUAAAGUGAAGACCUAGUCCCACCAUUAGUGCUCCCUGACUCAAAAGUGAUCCCAUGUACUGAUGUACAUAUACGGUCCGGCUCCAACUAUACGCUCUGGGACUAAAAUACCCCUACCGGAUGCCCCUAAUUUCCGAGGGGGGGUUCCCUCCCACGUCCAUAAAUACCGCACACCCCCUCAGCCUUUUCUCCCUUUCUCCCUCCUUCCUUCCACCCACCCUCUAUAAGCAGAAACUCUGUCCUGCUGCCAUGCUGUCCACUCUCUCACCUUCCCACCCUUUCCUCGGGAACCCCUUCUCCUCCUUUGACGGCGGCCCAGCGCCGUGGGAGUUCCCGGACCUUAUCUCUGUCUUCGAUCCCAUCGACCCCGUCACUAAUUCAAGUUCCGGCUCAGACGAACCGGACCAAACCCAUGCCAAGAGAAAAUCCCCCUCCUCUGAUGAUCAACAGGACCCUCCAGAUUCCGUCACGGAGGACCGAAAGCGGAGACGGAUGAUAUCGAACCGGGAGUCGGCAAGACGUUCGCGCAUGCGUAAACAGAGGCAUCUAGAGAACUUACGGAACCAGCUGAACCGGUUUAGGGUGGAAAACCGGGACCUGAACAACCGGAUGCAGUUCUUGCUUCACCUCACGAACCGCGUACGAACCGAAAACGAAUGGCUCCGGUCCGAGCGAAUCAUGCUCCGGCAAAAACUGUCGACCCUAACUCAGUACUUGAUGUUCCAACGACUGCAACCCGUCUCAUCAUCUGCAUGGCCAUGCAAUACCAGCGUCACGGACAGAAUAAACUUUGACCGUAUAUUAUGAGUAACCAAGUAAAUAAAGCCAUAAUUAAUCGGCCUCGAUUAAUUGCACGCCAGCAACUGAAUUGCUCCUGGUGAAACCAAAAUUGCUAAAGAAUUAGAUGGUGUGGGUCUUUUAAUUUUCCCCUUGGGAAAAGAGUUGUGGUUUUGGAAAAUAUUGGGUGUUUUCAAAACCCGUUAUAAAUAUAUAUAUUAUUAUUAUUUUGUAAAGUAGUAGUACUGUAGAGCUAGCCUCCAGCGGGUGCUUUAAUUAUUCAAGUAUAUAUAUAACUUCGUUACUGUUAUUGUUCUC